UCUUACCUGGGUCUUCAGUGGUCGAGGCGUGCGGUGUUGGGAGGGUUGCACUCGGCUCUCUCUCUUAACUAUAUUUUUCUCUGGUGUUCGGUUUCGGGUAGUGGGAUAUACACAGGGGUGGGACAGGAUUCGGUUCAGAGGUAUCACUAAAAAACCGGCUUGUGGCGCGCGCUGCUGUGUUUUGGGAUUGGUGUGUUCUCAAUAUGGCGACCUAUUUUGUGAUAACGUACACAGCUACAGCAGGGGCGAACGGGCCCUUGCUUGGCUCAGACGAAGAAGAUAUCGUCAUAAAGCAGUUCUUGGUGUGGGACGCCGUCAGUAGAAAGGUGGUCACGGAGCAGCAGUACAUCGUGAGGCCACUCUCCGGGGACAUCAACGAGAACGUCCUCGGCGAGCAGUGCCGUGAGGACUACGGGCUCACGGAGGAACAGGUCAAGAACGGCCAGCCUUUCGAGAACGUGAUCGAUUCGUUCGACGCCAUCCUGAGCAAGAUAGCAGAUGGGGACACAGGUAAGGUCGCCAUGGUAACGGACGGCCAGCUUCACCUCCGCCAGGUGAUCCACCCGAAGGCGCUGGCGAAGAACCUUGACCUCCCCGAGUACUACAAUGCCUUCUAUGACCUGCGUAAGGAGUUCAAGUCCUUUUACCACUCGGAGGAAAUGACCUGCGUCGCCGAUAUGAUGAACUUCCUCGACCUGGAAUCCGAAGAAGAAGAAGAACUGGCCACUCGCUCAGUCAGAGAUAUGAGCAAGAUUCUCGCCCGUAUGGUCGCUGACGGUCACAGAUUUGUUCUUCCCGAAAAGGUUGUGAUUCGGUUAGAGCCCGGCAUAUGUUCCCGGACGGAGGAAGUCGACAGCGCAUGCGUGGUGCGAGCGAGAGGACUUCCCUGGCAGAGCUCCGACCAAGAUAUUGCAAAGUUCUUCAGAGGUCUAAAUAUUGCAAAAGGGGGGCGUGCCCUGUGCCUGAGCCCCCAGGGCCGCAGGAACGGCGAGGCCCUGAUCCGCUUCGUGUCCCCCGAGCACCGCGACAUGGCCCUCAAGCGACACAAACACCACAUCGGGAACCGCUACAUCGAGGUCUACAAGGCCACGGGAGAGGACUUCAUCAACGUGGCCGGAGGAAGCAACAAUGAAGCCCAGCAGUUCCUCUCGCGGGGCGGUCAGGUCAUCAUCCGCAUGCGAGGUCUGCCGUACGACUGCACGCCCAAGCAAGUGGUCGAGUUCUUCGAGUCGGGCGAGAACGGCUGCCACAUCCUGGACAACGAGGACGGCGUGCUGUUCGUCCGCAAACCCGACGGCCGUGCCACCGGGGACGCCUUCGUGCUGUUCGCCUCCGAGGACGACAGCUCCAAGGCUCUGGCCAAGCACCGCGAGAUCAUCGGCUCGCGCUACAUCGAGCUCUUCCGCUCGACCACCGCAGAGGUACAGCAGGUAUUAAAUCGUUCCAUGGAUCCUCGUACAUAUGAACAGCAGCAGCCACUGAUUGCACAGCUGCCCCAGGUACCACUGCUCCCACAACAGAUCAUCACCUCAGGCACCCGCAAGGACUGUAUCCGUCUCCGAGGAUUGCCAUUCGAGGCCCAGGUGGAACACAUCCUUGAGUUCCUUGGUGAACAUGCAAAAAGCAUCGUUUACCAGGGUGUCCAUAUGGUUUACAAUGCACAUGGACAGCCAAGUGGAGAAGCCUUUAUCCAAAUGGACAGCGAACAUUCUGCAUUCCUCGCCUCCCAGCAAAGGCAUCAUCGUUAUAUGGUGUUCGGGAAGAAGCAGCGUUACAUAGAAGUCUUUCAGUGUUCAGGGGAAGACAUGAACAUGGUGCUGACUGGUGGCCUGCCAACUCAAAGGCCCGUCAUGUCCCCGGGUAUGUUGGUGUGGGACACCGCAGCCCUGCCUGGGAGUCUUCCUCACCCACUUAGUGUUCCCCCUCCUGGUACACCUCGCCCCCAGGGGCCCCACUUCCUUGGUGCAGCUCAUCACCCCCUUCACCCUCAAACCCAUGGCCCUGUGCUUUCUGGUAUACCUCCAAGCCCUAUUAAGCAGGCUGAUGCUCCCCUUCUCCUUCCCCCACCUAUGGGCCCCCCUCCUCCAAGGCCUUCUUUGGUUCCACAAAAUCCUCUUGAGUUACCUCAUUCUUCUCAAGCUCCCCCUACCCUCAUGGCCCCUUCCUUAAAGCCUGCUGAGUCAGGAAUCCAUCCUUCUCUCAUAGGACAGUAUGGACACAUGCCAGUUACAUCACAGAUAAGUACAGGCAGUAAUCCAGUGUUUCUGCUUUCCAAUGCACGAACAUCCCUAGCAAGUGGGCUUCAUCCACAAGUAACCUUGGUGCCAGUGUCAUCAUCUCAGGCUAGAGAUGCUCAAGGUGCACAGGGUAUUCAGAAACCCCCAGUGGGACCACCUCUCCUCCCAAUGCCUUAUGCAGCAGCUGCUGCUGCAGCUAUGGCAGGAGCGAGGUUGCCUGGAACACAGAAGCGGAGCUUUGAACAGGCUUUCCCAGGGGACACAGGUGCUGCUAGCCUUGGAGCAAUGAAGCGGGGCCCUCAUGUGAAUCCUUCCCUCUUUCAUCCCUUGUACCCUCCUCCCCAGAUGUUCCCCACUAUGUAAUACUCAAUACCCGUGCUGCGUAACACACACCUGUAUAUAUUGGUAGGAGAGGCAAAGAUAUCAGUGUAAUGGGAGCCAUGGCAGGUGUAAGAAGUGACCAUUUAGGAAAUAAGCACAACUCCUAACAAGUAUUUUAGGAUUUGUGUAAACAAAUGCCUUAAUGCUCACUACAUUUUGACCUUUCCCAUCAACAUUGUGAUUUUAUUAUGUGUGUGUGUGGUGCAGCAGCAUUCUGUGUGUGCAAUCUGCUGUUACUCUGGUGUGCUGCACCUGUUGUUGCCAGCAACUCAAACACUGCUGGCCAACAUUGUGUGGCUGCUGGGAGUGUUCUGCUGCAGGGUGGAUGAGCCUUAGUUUUUUUUAAGUGUCUCUUAGAUGGGUGUUAGACAGAAACUCAACUGUGCUGGUUGGAGCAAGAAAAUGUUCUUCUCCUGGCUUUUUCAGUGUUUUUUGCUGGGAAGAACAUUACUGUUGUAUAAUGGAUUUUAAUAUAAUUUUAUUAACUAGAUUCAUAAGUUCAUAUUAAGAGUCUUGCUCACAAUCAACCACAGUUGUUUCAUCCUCUAAGAUCUAUCCAUGAUAUGUCCCUGCAUAUGUAUGUGUGUGUAUACAUAUAUGUGUGAAUCUGUGGAUGCAUUAAUGUGUGACUGAGUGUAUGCUUGUGUGUGUGUCUGAAGGAGAGCGUGAGUGGAAUACAGUAUAUUUGUAGGUGUGAAGGUGUAAGGCAGCUGUUGUGUACACGGCUGCCCUUGUUAUGGCUGGGUGGUACUUUCCCACCUUUGACCUGCUUCUUGCUCAUGAAAGAUGAGCAUUCAUGUAGUGUUAAUAUUUUUAGUUUUAAGUUAAACUUUGACAUAGUAGAGCAUAUAGAAUAGGACAUUAGCAGCCGUGUGUACAUGAGCAGUUGGUUGGCUGGCAGUGUGGCGGUGGUGGUGGUGUGGUGGUAGAUCAGUCCACCACAGUGGGAACUUGUGCAGUGGACCCCACAGUGGGUCCUGGUAGGACAUAGGUGCUGGCCUCAGGACUUGGCAACUUGACGUUUGUAUAGAUCAUAAUAUAAAUGAUUGAAAGGGUUAUGACAGACUAACCAAUCUCCCUGUGUAUGCACUUGCAUAUUAGUUUUUUAUGUUCUAAGAAGAUAUUUCUGGUGUAAUUUAGUUGCAUAGUGACAAGACUGUUAAGUCCUGUGGCCAUGUGCCCCCUUUGCUGGGCUGUUAAGGGGCCUGAUGCGGGGGGCAACGUGGUCCUCUAACACUUCUGUAAUACAUUCCACUAAGUGUGAUAUCUGCACCAUUGUUAUUUUGUGUGUACAUUCAGUAGUUUUUCUCUAUUGUUAUAGCUUCAUAUUUAGUUCAGUUUUUGAACAUUUUCAAGGCUUAUAUAACUUGUUACUUCAUUAAAAAUCUGGUUCAAACCAGAAGAGUACAUUUAAGUGUGAUAUCUGACUUGGAGUCAGCCCAGAAAAUGUUCCAGAUGAUAAUUUGACUUACCUGGACUUUGGUGUGUACGCCAAUAUUACUCUGCUAAGACCAAUAAAGUCUAUUAAGAUAU